AUGGUAAAUCCUGACUCCUCUACCCCGCUUCUUGGUCGGACUUCUUCUUUUUCCUCUCGACAGGCUAUUUGGUGGAAGACUGGUGCAGCCUAUGCUGCCACUGGAAUUAUGACUGGCGCUUUCGGAGAACUAGCUCAUGGUCUGCGCAAGCGCCCGGGGAUCACUCCUGACUCUAUCCAUGCUUGGGAAACUGCCUCCAGUUAUCUGCCCACCGAUUUGCUGGGCCCGCCAUUGCGACUGGGUGUGCCGUGUUCUCUGGAAGUAUCCUUGCCUUGGUUCUUGCGAGAGAUCGGUAUGAUUCAAGUUCCUCGGCCCAGUGACGCCGCUGGGUGGAACAGUGAUGAUAGCAGGCUUUCUUUCUUUGGUUUUCUGAGCUUGUAUAGGGCGGUAGAGUAG